UAAGACGCUUUCAGUUUCCACAUGCGUUUAUUCAUGAAUCUACGGAGCUGAGCUGCAACAAAGUCCGACCGGAGAGUCACUCUGAGCCGGGUUAAAUCCGCUCUUGUGUCACUUUUGAACAACUUGUUGCGCAGCUGCUUUUUCCAGCCUCCUCUGUGGUCCUUACUGCGAUGAACAGGGUCUGUUUUGGGGAACUGUAAAGAAGAUACAUGGAUGAAGCGGUACCUCAAGGAGACGGAGCUUGAAUUAUUUAACCUCGAUGUCUCGGUUAUUUUAAAGUCCUUCAGCUCCCAGUGAACUUUUAGUGUCUCUAAUAUGAUCUCAGAGACGGGAGAUGCGAGUCAUGAACCGGACGCGUCCUUAUCUCGGACUUGACUGGAGUCACAGCCUCUUCUACCUGACUUUACUGCUGUGGACCAGACGCAUGAAUGGACUGGCUGACUUUUCAAACUACCUGUCCAGGAUCAUCACCAGCCACUCUGCUCAGGCCUGUGACGGACAGCCUCUACGACUCCACUGCCCACGCCACUCCACCAUCUCCAUCCAGUCUGCGUUUUAUGGGAGCGGAGAGGCACGGCUUUGCAGAGCAGACCCUCCACACAGAGCCCACAACUACAGCUGCUCUGCUUUUACUGCUCUACAGAAGCUGCUGUCAGAGUGUCAGAGUCACAGAGAUUGUCAGCUGCCUGUCAACCACCUGCUGUUUGGGAAGGACCCCUGCCCUGGCAAGACCAAAUACCUCCACGUGGACUACAAGUGUAAACCAACUGAACACAAAAGACAUGUGGUGUGUGAUGGAGAGACCAUGGUCCUACGCUGUAAGCCCCCCAAGGUUCUGAUCAUCUAUGCAGCUGUCUAUGGGAGAAGUCUGGGUCAGACUGACACCUGCCCCUCACAGUUGACCAGACCACCCCCGUUUGAGUGCCUGAACCACGAGGCUGUACACUUGGUGUCCAGGUCCUGCUACAGCAAACAGAAGUGUACUGUUGCUGUCAGCAACCAGACCUUUCGGGACCCCUGCUUUCCAGGAACCAGGAAGUAUCUCAGCGUGGUCUAUUCUUGUGUGCCACGGACUUUACUAAGGGAGGCAGACCCUUACAUAUUCAGCUCCACCUCAUCUCCUACUGCCACCACACAGAAAGCUCCUCCUGCAGAUCUGGAGGAACCUUCCUCCAAAGGGUCAAGAAGGCCUGAAAACUCAGGAGCUAUGAUGAGUAACUCUCUUCUCACCUAUGCUUACAUCAAAGAGCAUCCAGAAACAGCUGCGCUGUUCUUCACCUCUAGUGUGUGUGUCGGCCUUCUCCUCACGUUACUGGCUGUGUCAGUGCGAGUGACCUGCAGAGGGCGCCAAAUCAGAGAUCACAGACUCACAUCCAAGUCUGGUAACCAGGCAGCAAGAUGUCAGGAGGAUGAUGAGGACGAUGAUGAUGAGGAUGAUGAUGAGGACGAUGAUGAUAAAGACGGGACAGAAAGCUCUUUAAUCUCAGCUACAGAAAGGAAGGCGAUACACGACUGGGAGGAAGUGACGUAUGUGAGCGAAGCGGCUGAACGUGCGGAGAGGAUUGAGCGCAGAGAGAUGAUCAUGCAGGAGAUAUGGAUGAAUUCUUAUUUGAACGGCAGCUCAUGUUAAUCGCACCGUGACCUAUGAAUUCUGUUAACCACCUUCAGGAAUUAUUCAGUCUUCUACAGCAGCUCCAAGCUUUGGAUUAACAAAAGAUCAACUUUUUUGGCAUUUAGAAGAAUGUAAUUUCACGUGAAACUGCAGUACUGGACAUUUUAAAGGGUCAACCAGGAUUAAAGCUAAAAAAUGGGUGGUAAAGUAUUUCCUGUAAUUGUUCAGAAGUUGUAUAUACUCACACUGACCAAUGAAUAAGCUCAAAAUGUAGGUUAAAAACUGUUUACUGCUCAGAACUUACUUGGCUGCAUUGGUCAUUUAGGGGAAGCCAUUAUAUUACAUUUGUAUUGAAUGUCAACUUUAUUUGAAUCAUGAACUGACAUCAAAGGCUUUGUAAAAGAUGUCAGUAUCUACCUUUUAAGGUCUACAGUAAGAACUGUCAGGAAGAGCUUCAAGGCUCAACGGGCAAGUAAAGGAAGUAAAAUAACAGUUUGGAUAAUUAUAUAUGAUGUAAACAUGGAGAAUAUGAAGAAGACAAGCAACCUCCAAAGUCAUACAGAUGAUACCUGAGCUCUUGAGGCACAGAAAUACAUUGGUAGAAGAGCACCAAGGCUGUAAAUUACAGUGCCUAUAAAAAGUAUUCACCCCUUGAAUAUUUUACCCUUUUUUCUGACUUGAAGGUGUGAAUAUUUAAGUAGUCCAUUAUUUAAUUAUUUUUGUUUAGUUUACAUUAUUAAGUAGAAAUAUGUUUUCACUUGACAUUAAAGAGUUUUUUUUUAUGAAAUGUAAAAAGCCAAAUUAUAUUGACCAUGAUUGAUUUAUAAAGUCAAUAAAAGGGUUAAACACCCAAGGGGGUUAAUAUUUUUUAUAGGAACAGACCAUGGGCCCAGCACAGAUUCGCCAGGAUGCAAAUUGAGUUAAGGGAUCAACAAGCACAAAACCUGAAGUUACUGAAAGAAUAAGCUGCUAUUUGGAAGAAAAGGUGGAAAAAUAAGUUGAGUUUGGAUUUAAAAGCAUCAAAGUUUGGCUCUUCAAGGUCUACAUGGAAAAUGGAAACAGCUUCCUUCUUUUCAAUGCAAAACAAGAUUAGGUUUAAACCUAGUGUAUGGCUGACUGCAACUAUCUGGGAUGCCUGUUGAAAUGCCAGACAGGGGAGAGGAGUAGCUCCGCCUACUCCCCCAAACAAGGUACCCACAGUGCUCCACCCUUAGAUGUUGUUACUCUUCUGUUCAUGUAACUCUGCACGGUUCUAAAAGUAUAGUAAGUUAGUCAGGCAGUCACAUACAGACCCAUGUGUAGGGCUGACCCCUGCGGUCAGCCAAAACUAACUGGAAGUGUAGAAUAAGACAGGAGUAAGAUGGCAAUUUAUCAUGCCUUAAAAGCUACAAACAGGGAAAAUGCCAUUCUUGCCAUCCCUCUCUCACACACACAUGAACGGCAUUGCUGAUAAACACAACUAGCAGCUAAAUAAUAACAAAUAUUACGUCUCAUCUGGAGGUCUGGAAUGUCCUAUUUCCUGCACAAUUAUUCCCUUUUAUCAAAGUCAGGUUUACCACUAUGAUCUGCUCCUCUCCUUAGUUGAUACUCUGAAUUCAUCAGGGCCAUUAUACAAAGGCAGAAAUUUUCAUCAUAGCAUCAGACUGCUGCUUCAACUACAAUCAUGGAUGAGACUGCAGCAUUUUCCUUACGUCCUCCUUUGUCUCCUGAUACACCCCUCUCUCCCACCAGACAGGUAAAAUCACUGGCUGUGAGGGUCAUGUGUGAAAAGGAAUUUCAGAGGCGGGCUGUCCUUGCAUGUGGCCUUAAAUUUGUUGUCCUAAGGAACCACAGGCCCAGGCAGAUUCAGUUCAAUUUUUUUUUUUACUAGUUUAGAAAAUAACUGGAUCAGUACCAAGAUUAAGAGGACAGGCUUAAAAUGAUUGUAACUGUAUAAGACACUAAUCCAGCUUGAUUGAUUUAGCAGGCAAGACUGUAAAUGUGAAACAAAAUCACUGCUAAAAAAAUUAAUUCAUUUGUUAGAAAAGGUUUUGUAAACAGUAAUAUAUCUGCAAAACUUAUUUUUGUUGCUGACACUUUUGGAAAUAAGCUUAUAAGGGAAACGACCAGAUGAUAUUUUUUAAAUGAAAUUUCAUAAAAAAUUUCCUCCUAUUUCUCAUAAAGUGGUUUCAAAGCAGCUCUAUCAAUGAAUCUUAUGAAUAACCAGAAACCAAAGAAUUUAACAAGGAUCUUUUUUCAUUAUUUCACCUAAAAUUUGUCACAAGGGACCAUGAAACACUGUGGCAUCUCCAAUUCCCUGUGGUAUUUUUUAACUACUGAGAGACAGUUAUUUCUUUAAGUUGUUUAGAUGUUAUAGUUUACUGCUUUGACAAAAAUGGACCCAAAAAGUGGUUUCCCUGUUGUAAAAUUACAUUGUUGGUAUUGAAAAUUGGAAGUCAUUCAUACCAUGGGCCAAUAGAUACUUUCUCUCCCCACAACUGACACCUGUCUCUUGGAAAAAAAUAGAUGAAGAAAGCAUACUAAAGGUGGAUUUUGUCUUUGCAUCAACAUGUCCUUGCAAACAGGAUGUUUUUUUGUUUGUUAAGGAAGUGUUCCUUGAAACCAGCCGCACCUCUCUGAAUCACUGAAUUGGCUCUGUUAAUGUGUGCUCACAUUUCAACCCUCAAGUGAAUGAAACACUCACUCUGAACUCUACGGCUUCCUCAUCCCUGCUGGGACCAGAGCUGGAACGGCCAUCGACUUUGUGGAAACUUCCUGCUGCUUGAGCGCUGACUUUUAGAGGAGUGUGCGUGUCACUGAUUGGAGACAAAGAGAGGAAAGGUGUAGCAUCCUUGUCCCUGCACUCCAAUGGAUGUAACACUGUGUUCCAACUGAAUCACUACCUCUGAGACUAAACUGAAUGUCAACAUGCCAUUAAUAUAAAAUGUAUGAACAUGAUGUGAACAAGGGCUGCAUUGGAAAUCGUUCCGUAUGCUUUAUAUUUGUGUUAUUUUUAACGCACAACAAAAAGUAUAACAAAUGUAGAUCAAACUUAAAUUUAAUUUUGCAUUCACGGCUUCAACUAAGAUGUACAUUUUUAAAAUAAAGAGUAAAAACAUCUGUGAUGGAACCCAGGAAUCAGAUUUAAGUUGAAUAAAUCAGAAAUACCUAGUUAGUCUUAUUUAUCUGUCCAGAGAUUUUCUUCAUAUUUCAGUGCAGAAAAAAUGUGUGGAGGUUUAGUCUAGAAACAAGGCAUAUGAACACACUGGCUGUAUAUAAUAUUCCUUGCAAGAGCACCAAUAAAACCAGCAGUAAAGAUUUUUUUAAAAUGA